GAGAUCAGACGAUUGGCUGGCUAUCAUGCGGACCCAGGAUCCAAAUCUGCAUUACUCUCGGGAUGCUCAAGCACCGGUGCUGCAUGCGAUUGAUGGCAUCAUGCUCAUUAUCAGGGAGCACAUUUUCAAUCCUGAUGUGGCUAGGUCGCGAAGGUGGUCGGUGCCUCAUGUCAGUAGCCUCCAAGAUGCCAUGAUUUUCCUUUCGAAACAGUCACAUGUGCCUCAGAGAGAUUUUCUCGAUGAGUAUGAACCUGAGUCCCCAGUUCAUGACGGCUGGGAUGUUUGUGGCUCUGACGGUGAUGUGUCUUUAUCUAGCGUGAGUGAAGGCGAUCAUGAACUGUUUGAGUCUGGUUGUCAGACUUCUGAUGAAGAUAGGGAUGCAGAAGUAGCUGCACCAAUUGUUGGGGCCUCAGUUGCGAGUGAGCUGCACUACUCGGCGACACCAAGCGACGUCAGACUGAACUUGGCAGAUUUAGCUUUGCCUUGUGACAUAGGUCAGUCUGUCUUGAGUGAUGGCUCAAAUUUGUCUUGGAACUUUGUGCAUCUGUUGGACGCAUCUCGAAAAAUGGCUUGGACCUCAGA